AUGGCAGGCGAGCGCAGGCCCAAGCGGCUGCUGCCCGAGGGCAUGUACGGGCUGGCGGAGCUGUGGCGCGCGCUGGAGGCCGAGUCGGCGCGCGCGCCCGAGCACGAGCUGCGCGCGCGCGUGGCGCGGCUGGAGGCGGCCCGGCUGGCGGCCGAGCGGCGCGUGGCGCGCCUGGAGGCCCCCGACGCUGCCAACCCGUCGCGCCUCCACGCCCUGGAGGACCGGCUGGCGCGCGUGGAGCAGCGCGACUCGCGAGCCACCAACGCGGACGCCAGCGCGGAACAGGCGUGCCGCAAGGUAUCAAUGCGGGGAGAAAGUGGCGCGGCUCCCAGUGGCCACAUCACGUCCCAAUCUUCCUCCAGCUUGCGUUCAGCGUCGCUGCGUUUGAGUGUGCUGGAGGACUUUCUGAUGAAGCGGGAUCCCAACUUCCUCCAGCCGGCGUCUAGCCCAGACCUGCCCGCCCUCCAUCAACCACCGAUGGAGGAGAAGACAAAGAAGACGGAGAAGACAAAGGAGGAGAGCACGACCGCCUCGCUGCACGGGCCAGACCUCGAAUCGGGGCCUCAGAAGAUCCGAGUGGAAGACGCCCGCAGCGCCCGGAUGAUGCCCGAAACGACGACGCGAAACCCCGCGGACGCAGGGAGGCAACCGAGCCCUGCUAGGCCAAUCGUAUCGUCGGCUUCUGUGUUCGGGACCGCGCUCUUUCCGGGUGAGAUCUCGCCAAGGGGUAAAUCCAAGUUGGGACCGGGAACGGGGGAAGAGCGGAAACUUGCGGAGGGUUCGCUUUCCGAGAAGAACGAGCAGGAACGGCUGCAGAAACGUCUGGUGCAAGACGGCGACUCGAGGUUGGUGGUGCACCAGGAUGCAAAGUUUGAAGUUGGUGAGGGAGUGGAACGGUCUGAAGAACGAAAUGGUGAAUCAAACAAUGUGAGUGUCGGCCGUCCGAAUGAAAGAUAUAGCCAAGAAGGUAGUGUCUUGUCUCUAUAUAGCAGGCAACGCAGGGAAAACAACGCACCAACGACGAUGGGAGGGUUACAAACCAGAGAAGAAGAUGUUUCCUUGCCCAGGGAAAACGUAAAUGAAGUACCGUUACAUGAGCCGGAGACAUCAUACGAGACUGGGUUUUCUGCCAGGCGCGAAACUGUUGACACGAUAACGCUGUUGAAGGAGAGGACGCAAGAUCUCGUAGAGAGCCUCCUCAGACAACAGAAGUUGAGCAUGCGUUUCAAUCGUGUUGAUGAGGCUCUGAAAAAGAUGGAGUCGAUGUCGAUUCAGUUUUCGAGUACGCCGGUGUCAAGCAUAGGACGUCUGGAGAACAGUAAUGAAACAGACGCCGAAAAUGAGAAAGAAACUUCUUCAGAGUCGAUGAGAGAAUUAGAUACCAAUUUCGUAUCGCCAGCGUCGUCUCCGGCCACGUUGUCUAAGAAUUCGUUGUCUACUAAAGAUGAUACUGCGUCGUCGACAACUUCUGAGUCUUGCAAAAAGGCUGAUUCUUCUCAACGUGUGUUAUCGAACAAUGAUCUUUCUCCGAAAAAGACCUCUUCUACCUCCAACACCGAAGAAUCAACAUCGGACGAACAAAAGACUGAGAACGAUAUUUCUGACGAUGGCGAAAAAAAUAAAUUAAUACAGGAAACAAUUGCCUCCAAAGAAACGUUGAAAAUCAACUCUUCCUCCUCUAGUACAGAAGAUUCUCUAUCAGACGAACGAAUAUCUGACGACAGUCGUUCUGGUGGUAGCGAAAAAAAUAAAUUGAGUCAGGAGACAACUACCUCCGAGGACAUACCGAAAAUGAAAUCUUCUUCCUCCGUAUCUGAAAAAUCUGAAUUAUGCAACCAGAGGUCGGAGAGCAGUCGUUCUGGCGAUGGUGAACAGAAUACAUUAGGUCAGAAGACAUCAAUUUCCAAGGACAUACCGAAAAGAAAAUCUUCUUCCUCUGUCUCCGAAGAAUCUACAUUAGAAGAAGGAAGGUCUAAGAACAGUCAAACUAGUGAUGGCGAAAAAAAUAAUAAACGGAGUCAAGAAACCACGAUUUCCACACGUUCACUUGAAGAGUUAAAGAGGGGAUUGCAGUACUAUAAAGGAACAGAAAUGUCCAUAGAAAUACAAACUAGCUUUUUGACUUAUGAUUCUCGUUCUUGUUCGUCAUACGAAACCACGUCGUCCUCUGAAUCAUCACUAUCUCCAUGUAAAUAUUUUUAUGAAUGUAGAGAGUAUUUUCCAAGAGAUAAUUUGGAGGAAAACGAGUAUGCAUUCUCCAAAUCUGCUAAAAAUUCUACAAAGGCAGCAGAGGCUAUCUGGAACUCUAGAAAAGAAGCGGAAAAUGAUUCUACGAAAAAACAAACAGUAACUCGUAAAUCUCAAGCAUCAAACACUUGUGAAUAUGAAAAGGUAAACGGUAAAUUGCGGACGUUUGAUGCCCGAUUCAGUGAUACCUCCACUUCAAUUCAGCGCUCAGUUGGAACCGCAAUGGAAGAUGAUUCUUCUUCCUACACCCAAUGUCUAAUCUCGGGCCAGUCGGUGGCACUUCACUCGUGGACGUAUUCAACUCAAGAUGACCAACCUACGACCGACGAAGGGUUAUCCUACCAAGACGUGGGCAUUCAAGCCCGUCUCUUGGAGGAACUUGAAGAAGAGGCUUGCGACCGAGAGACUCAGACCAGCCGCUCGCCGGACGAUUUUCACAAAGAAACGCGAAAAUCGAAUUCGGCUGAAGUGUCUCGCAGCGAGCAGAAACGCGUGAUCUCAAUCUCCAACCUCUCACCAGCGUUUAUGGUGGAAUCACCGCAGAGUCUCUCUGAUUUUGUACUCAGCGCCCUGCCCAAUGUUCCGGCGACGCAGAAGUUGACGUACAACAAGGGAACUUGCGUUCGGUAUCAUCUCGCGGUCAACCGCUCCGCAGCAACGGAUCCCCACGAAGGACGAGAAGAAAUGUCCACUCAGACCGUGGAGAAAGCCAGGCUUUCGAAGGAUGCCAAGAAGCAUCGCACCCACGACGUCGUGACAAAAGAAAAGACGCAGAGAAAGACUACAACGGGAAGACGACACUCCCUGACAUUUAGCAACACCUCAUCGGAGGGAGGCUCGUUCACGGAAUCUCCGCAACGAAGGCACGAGGUGAACCGAAUCGCGAACCGACUCCGAAUCAGAACCGACUCCGCGACCGAUUCCGUUCAACGAACCGGUUCGAGCCGACCCGUAACUGAAGGAGGUCGACAGACAUCGGUUGAAACUGCCGGAAAAGCUCUUGAAGUAUUAAGAGCACAGCAGAAUGACGCGUCAGGGCCUGGAGCAGUUCACAAUCUCGCAACGAGUUCGAUUCCGGAUCUCCGCAUCAAGUUUCAGAAGGAUAUUCCCGCACGGGUUUCCGCUCUUGCAGCUGGCCGAGGGAUGGAUACUCGGAGAAAAGAAGUAAACGAAGAGGGUGCUCGGAAUUGUGUAAAGACGACGAGGCGGCGAGACGACACGUCCCCGCGUCGCCUGAGCGUGUCGUUCUCGCCUGCGCCGAUGGCGACGUCGGCCUCCAUGGCAGAGUCCGCUUCCGCGCGCCUCGCCACGGCCUUCUCCUACCGGGCGGCGUGCGCCCCGCGCCCGGCGCCGCCGCCACUGAGGCGGCGCGCGGACCAAGUGGCGUGCGGGGCCAGGGGGACGUCCCCUCACCCCAUAGGCGACGCGGCGCACGCCUCCCCGACGCCCCACCCCGCCGCCGUGGCGCCGCCCGCGGCCGGGGGCGAGUCGUCGCGGCUGCCGCUGCAGGCGCGUCUGUCGCGCGUGUGCGAGACGCUAGAAGGCGCGGGCGCGGGCGUGGUGGAGCCCGGCGACGCGAGCGCGCCGGUGGUGGUCGUCGGCGCGAGCAAGAAGCAGCGGGGCUCGGGCGCGGAGACGGUGAUGGUGCUGCCGGGCGGGAAAGCGGUGCCGAUGUGGGCGGACCCGGAAAGCCCCAUACCGUACACCGUCAUCGCGUAUCCGAUGGCGAGAGGGGCGGGCGGGCAAAAACCUCAGCAGCAGCAGCAGCAGCAGCAACGUAGAAGGUCCGAUCAGAGCAGGGAGAGCGCGGAACGCCGGAGAAGCGCAGAUGAACAGCAACUGAGCCAACAGCUGCAGCAACAGCAACGUCGUAGAAGCUCCGAUCCGAGCAGGGAGGAAGAAGUGUGCCGUACCGGCAAAGACGAACAGCCUCUGCGCCAACAGCCGCAGACACAGCAACAACGUAGAAUCUCUGAUCCAGGCACGGAGGGCACGGAACGCCGAACCAGUAGGGACGAACAGCAACUACGCCAUCACGUACAGCAACAACAACAACAACGUAGAAGCUCUGAUCCGCUCAGGGAGGGCACAGAACGCCGUACUGCUAAGGAGGACACGCGCCUGCAGCAACAGCAGCAGAAACAGCAACAGCAACAUCGCCGAAACUCUGAGCAAAGCGCGCACGGCUCCGAACCCCGCCCCAGCAAGGAGGAACAACAUCAGCAGCGUCUGCAGACACAUCAACAACGCAGAAGCUCCUGGCAGAGCUCGCACGGCACGGAACGGCGUCCCAGCAAAGAGGAGGAACAACACAGACGAAGGAGUACUCCACCGACAGGCCACCUGGUCGAUGCGAAUCAAGCAAGGGGUGGCCGCAGGCUUUCGGAUAACCAAAGGAAUAUUGCGCUCCAGAAGGACGCCGACAUGGCGCAGCAGCGGGUCCAGCAUGCCGCCCGACCUCCCUAUCCAGACCAGCAGCUGAAUGACGCUCGGCCAAGCCAAGCACCUUUCCGCGACGAAAGAGACUCAUCACAGCUUCCGGUCGUUUCGUCUGAAGACACGGAGGUGCUCGUCCAGGUUGUCGAUGUCGAGUCUGGCCACAAAUUCAAAAAGGACGUUCAAAGAGCCCCCAAGGGAUCUGAAGGUGCGCAGAAGCCCAGAAGUAAGUCACAGCUCAAUCGAGAAACAAAUCAGCAAAACCAUGAAGGAUCUCCUCAGAGCAAUGUGCUCUCUGAUCAACCUAGUGUUAGCGGAGUACGUAGGCUCACGAAGGAUAUUCAAGACGUGUUUUACAAAGGGGUGGAAAGUCUUCAGAAAGUACAGAACAGAAUCUCCCAAAGUAAGGACAGAGUUAAUAGAGACGAUGUGAUGAAGGAGCAAAGUAGUGGUAAACGCGAAAUAGAUACGGGUCCCCGUGAUGUAAUGCAAAAUAUUUGGAAACCCUCUGAAACAGCACAGAGUGUGUACCACACUGAAACAGAUAGUGUUGAAACUACAGCAGGAAGAGUUUUCCGGAACCCCGAAGAGUUACAGAGAACUGGUAUUCAUCCACAGGACUCUGCAGGACCUGCUAAUGACCAGAAAUCUUUACAGGGAACAGAGAAAAAUGAAAGUUCGGAAAAGGGUAGUGCGAUUAAGAAGGGGUUUCGAAGGCUCUCGCAAAAUAUACAGGACGCAUUUCACAAAAGUAAGGAAAAUUUACACAGAGUAGGUAGUAGAACACGUCAGAGUAAGGACAGGAUUCCUCAUGAGAAUGAGGAUGGAAUGAGAGGUCAGACGAGCGGUGAGCGAGGAACGAAUAGAGAAUUUCAAGAAUUCGGGCAGGAUAUUUGGAAACGUCCUGAUACGGAGUUACGUGUGUACCAGGCAGAAACAGGCGGUGCCGAAAAUGCGGCGGAAAGAGCUUUUCGGAAUCCCGAAGUGCGGCAGACAAGUGAGGUUAAUCAACAGGACGUUUCAGGACAAGAACCCCAAAUUGACCAGGCAUCUCUACAGGGAACAGAUAAUACCACGAUUUCAGAAAAGGGUAGUGCGUUUAAGAGGGGGUUUCGAAGACUUUCACAUAAUAUAAAGGAUGCUUUUCACAAGAGCAUGGAAAAUUUACACAGAAUCGGAAGUAGAACACAUCAGAGUAAGGAAAGAAUUUCGAACGUGAAUGAGGAUGCAAUUAGCAGACAGACAACCGAUGAACGAGACAGGAAUAGAGGAUUACAAGAUACAGUGCAAGAUAUUUGGAAACGUCCUGAUACAGUUCAACGUGUGUACCAGACAGAACCAGAUAAUGUAGCAACAACAGCGGCAAGAGUUUUUCGGGAUCCCGAAGCGCGACAGACAACGGAGCCUGGUGAACAGAGCUCCUCAGGUCAAGUAUCCGAAUUUGACCAAGAAUCUCUUCAGACAAGAGAUAAUGGGACAAGUUCUGGAAAAGGUAGUGCGAUUAAAAGGGGGUUCCGAAGACUCUCGCAGAGUAUACAGAAUUCAUUUCAUAAGAGCAUGGAAAACCUACGCAGGUUGGGAAGUAGAACACAUCACAGUAAGGAACGAAUUAGUAACGAGAAUGAGGAUGAAUUGAGCAGACAGACAACCGAUGAAACAGAAAGGAAUAGAGGAUUAGAAGACACAGUGCAAGAUAUUUGGAAACGUCCUGAUACAGUUCAACGUGUGUACCUGACAGAACCCGAUAAUGUAGCAACAACAGCGGCAAGAGUUUUUCGGGAUACCGAAGCGCGACAGACAACGGAGCCUAGUGAACAGGGCUCCUCAGGACAAGUAUCCGAAUUUGACCAAGAAUCUCUUCAGACAAGAGAUAAUGGGACAAGUUCUGGAAAAGGUAGUGCGAUUAAAAGGGGGUUUCAAAGACUCUCGCAAAGUAUACAGGAUUCAUUUCAUAAGAGCAUGGAAAACCUACGCAGAUUGGGAAGUAAAACACAUCACAGUAAGGAACGAAUUAGUAACGACAAUGAGGAUGAAUUGAGCAGACAGACAACCGAUGAAAAAGAAAGCAAUAGAGGAUUAGAAGACACAGUGCAAGAUAUUUGGAAACGUCCUGACACAGUGCAACGCGUUUCCCAGACGGAAACGGACAGUGCCAACAAGACGGCAGGAAGAGUUUUUCAGAUCCCGGAAACGCGACGCCCAAGUGAGUUUUAUCCACAAGGUUCUGUAGACCAAGUACCCCAAAAUGAGCAGGAGUCUCUACAGAGAAUAGAUAGUAUCACAAAUUUGGAAAAGGGUAAUGCUAUUAAGAGAGGGUUUCAAAGAUUCUCACAUAGUAUUAAGGACGCAUUUCAAAAGAGCGUGGAAAACUUACACAGAGUCGGAAGUAAAAUGCAUCCCAGUAAGGAAAGAAUUAGUAACGAGAAUGAGGAUGAGCUGAAACAGACGUCCGAUGAACGGGACACUACUAGAGAAUUACAAGAUACAGUGCAAGAUAUUUGGAAACGCCCUGAUGCGGUGCAGCGUGUGUACCAAACGGGAACAGACAGUGCCGAAAAGACAGCAGAAAUAGUUUUUCGGAACCCCGAAGCACGUCAGACAAAUAACUUUGAAGGUCGAGAGCCAGUGGAAGGUCCCUCACAAGACGCAAUAAACGUUGAUCAAACACCAAGACCCCAAGAAAGCACAAGAGGAGAAAAAAUCAAAGAAGGUUUCAGAAGAUUCUCACAUGGAGUUCAACAAGCAUUUCACAAAAGCGCAGAAAACUUACGACGAAUCGGGAGCAAAAGUAGUCACGAUCAAGACGAAGGUAUGCAAGAAAAUGAGGUGACGUCACAGCGAGGGGAAGAUGACAGGAAUGUGCCGAGUUUUGAUCACACAACCGACGAGGAGGGUGUAGAAACUGGUUCUAAAUUCAAAAGGGGGAUGCGAAGAUUAUCGACGCAAAUAAAAGACGCUUUUCACAAGAGCAUGGAGAACCUGCGUAAGAUCGGAAGUAAAACUCACCACAGCCGAGAAGGAAGCGAAAGAGGUAAUGAAUCUAAAACCAACUUGCAAUGGAGCGAUGACGAUGAGUUGCAAAGCCGAACAAAUGACUUCGAGCGUCCGGACAUGUUUUCAAUUGUGUUUGAUAGAGCCAUGCGCGUCGCGGAUAAAGAAUCUGAAGAGCGGCUAAAAUCCCAGAGAAUGAAUAUGUCGACAUUGCCACCCGCGGAAACUUGGGUGCCAGAACCUGUCGAUAAAAGGGAAUCGCAUAGUCGUUCCGGAGAUGGGAUCAAGCAGGAUACAGUUGGCAAUAUCUUUGAUGACGUCCAUAGCCCGGAGAGAGACCACGGGAUCGCAGAUUUGCCUGAGCGUGACCCAUACGACGUUCCGAUGAGAUUGCAGGAACCCGAAACUGCGGAAAGAUUUGUUCCCGUAGAACGAUCGCAGAGAAGAUCUCGAGAUGCUAACAUUGAUGAGUCGGCAUUUCCAGUUACAAACGGUUCGCACCCGACAAAUUACGUAGAAAGAGAAUCUCAGAAAAUUCCCAAGGCCGGGAUAGUGCAGAAUAUAUUCCAUAAGUCAUUUGAAGAUGUCCAAACACCAGAGACACACCAUGAACCACCUGAGCACGACCUAUACGAAACUCGUAUGAGAUUUCCGGAAGCGGAAACUGCGGGAACAUUUGAUCGUGACGAAAGAACACAGAGGAGAUCUCUAGAUCCGAGCAUGAAUGGGUUGGCAUUGCCACCUACAGUCAGUUCGGAACCAACAGGAUUCGUUAAAAGAGAGUUUCAGGGGAGUUCCAGCGACGAUGUUCCACAGGAUACAUUCAGCAACUCAUUUGAAGAUGUCCACAGUUCCGAAAGGCGACACAGCAUUGUUCCUGACCCAUACGAUGCUCCGAUAAGAUUGCGGGAACCCGAAACAUUCGCUCGUGACAAAAGAUCACAGACGAGACCACAAGAUCAGUACUCACAACGGAUUUGGAGUGUCCCCAGGGAACCUCAGAAAGUCUACCCAAUGACAGGGAACGACAUCCCCGAGACCGCGGCAAGAGUCUUCUCCGGCCCUGAAGCUGUAGAAACAAGUCCGGAAGUAUUUGAAGGCGAUGCGGAAGCCGAGCCGGUUCUGCAGGCUAACGAUGUUAAUGAAAACGAACUUCAAAAUAUCGAGGAGAACAUGGAAAGUUUACAGAAGGAUGAAGAAGUUUCUCAGCCCAGCGUGGCACAGGAUGAGGAAAAACCUAGCGAUGAAAAACAAGAGGAAGAGAAAAACAUUCUAGAAGAGGCGAAAGCAACUGAAGGAACUGAAGGGGAGGGCGAACCUGAGAUGCAAACUGAAAAACGUUCGUUGACCACUAAAUCCGAUAAGAGCGGGCCUCCAGCAAGGUUGUCCAAGGAUGGGAACGUUCGGAAGUCAUCAGUCGGAAGUAAACAGCGAGCAGACAAACCGCAGAGCUCGGGGGAAACGGAUUCGGUCACGCCGACAACCAAAAGCGCCCAGAGUGCCAUGCAGCUGUACCUGCAGAACGUGAAGCGAGCCGCGCACGAGCUGCGCAAGGAGGUGGAGGAGCGCGCCAUCCGCACGGUGCAGGACAUCCGGCGCCGCGCUUCCGGCGAGAAGGUGAGCGCCAGCGCGCAGACGGACGUGUCCGUUCCGGUCGACCAGGCGACGGCCCCGGCGGCGGUUCCGGCUCAAGCGGCCACUGAGCCUCCGCGAGGGUCGAUCCUCCAGGCGGCGGCCGCGACGCCGCCGCCGUUCGGCCCCGGGGCGCUGUGCCCUGGCGAGAAGCCGCUGUCGGUCGGGUGCAGCUGCCCGCCGACGAGCGUGUGUCGGCAACCCGUGCUCGGCAGCGGCGUGCCGCCGGGCGUCGGGGCGAUGUUGACCGAAUGGAGCGGCGCGGCGGGGUGGGGAAUGGCGGCCGGGAUGUGGGGUGCCACCGGUCUCUACGGCGCGAAUCCUAUGACUUUCAACGCCCCGUUUUCCCCCGUGCAGCCGUCGCCGCCGCCGCCGCCUCCGCCGCCCUUGCCGCCGACGUUCAAGCGCGCUUCCGACACGAAGAAGUCGCCAAGAACUCCCAAGCCGUUGCGCAACCCGCGCUCCCGCGCGAAAGACUGGCAGUUCGAAACGACCGACGCGUGCGUCCCGGACUUGCCGGCCAAGGGCUACCCGUUCGUGCUGUUCCCGCCGUCUCUGCCGCCGUACGUGUCGGUGCUGACCGACUCGCAAGCCGCGCCGGGCGUCGUCCCCUACGCUUCGAACGCUCGCGGGCGGCCGCGGUCGCUGGGGGCGCGCGGCUGCGCGGUUCGAGAGCUGCGCGCCGGCAAGAUGCAGAAGCAGGCGACCGCCGGGAUCGGGACGGCCGCCGUGGCAGGCAGCGCGUGCGUCGACGCGAACUGCCUUGACGAACAGUCGCCCGUCCGGCCGAGGCGGCAGAGGCAGCGCUCGCUCCCGCGAAGCCAACCCAACCUGCGUCUGCUUCGUUCGCUCCCGUGA